AUAAGCAGUGUGCAUGUAUACAAUCUUGUACAUCAGUAACCAUUUGCUGGGGUAUUCUGUUACUGAUCAUGGCCCUUCGCAUCUAUUUUACCACAUUGUUAAUUCAUAAGAACAAAGACUUAUUGAGGAGUCAACUCAACUGGACAAACACCUCCACUGCCUUUGAAACACAGAUCAGAGACCUCAUUGCAGAAAACCAGAACCUAACAGAACAAAUAAAACUCAUGAAGAUGGAGUUCAGUCUUGGUCCAGGUCAGUGCAGUGUUGAUGCCUACUGUCCCAAAGAAAAUAACAAAAAGGUUUGCAACACUUGUCGGGAGGGCUGGCUCCACUUUGAGUCAAACUGCUAUGCAAUUAAUGAUGCUGAACUUGGUGAGCAGAAAACCUGGGAAGAAGCUCGAGAAAACUGCAAAGGAAAAAUUUCCGAUUUGGCCGUUGCAAUUAAUGCAACAGAAAAGAAAUAUAUCAGUGACAAAAGCUGGAAGAGUUCAGGAGAAAAUGGAUACUGGAUCGGUCUGAGAGCUGAAGGUGGGAAAUGGAAAUGGGUGGAUGGAAGUUAUCUGACUGAUAACUCCUGGAUUCAGCAGCCUCCUUCUGAUGGUCUCUGUGUAAUUUCUGUCCAAAACGAAGGAUUUAAAUCAGUGAACUGUGACCAGAAAAAACAAUGGAUUUGUAAAAAGAGACUCUAA